UAAGAACAGGUUCACAAGCAGCGACGAGAGCGCGGGUGAUAUCCUUCGCGCGGCAACUCCAGUUUGGGCUCUUACCGCUCUGAAGUUGGGCAAUGGCGUCCAUUAAACGCCGUCACCAAGAAGACGAUCAUGAGGCGAAGAAAGCCAAAUUUUCCUGUGUUUCAGAUGCUUCUGAGGUGAAGGGGCAGCAUCAAGUGGUGCUCAACCCAGCCGACUGCGACUUGGAUUUCAAGAUUGAAAGUGAUGGUCUUCGAGGAUCAGCUCUUUAUGAGCAAGGUUUUGCUUACUGCUGGUCCGGUGCUCGGGCCACCGUUGGUAUUACUGGUGGAAAAUAUUGUUUUGGUUGCAAGAUUAUCUCUUUACAGCCAGUUGAAAUGAAUGAUACUGCUCCAGAUCAGCAGCAUCUUUGUCGUCUCGGCAUUUCCAUAGGGGACAGUCCAGUGGGUAAUCUUGGAGAAACUAAACAAAGUUUUGGAUUUGGUGGCACAGGAAAGUUCUCAAAUGCUGGAAAAUUUUCUGACUAUGGUGAAAAGUUUGGGAUUGGUGAUACCAUUGUUUGUGCUGUAAAUCUUGAAAGCAAUCCUCUGGCCUCUAUUGGAUUUUCCAAAAAUGGCAAAUGGUUGGGUACUGCAAUACAAUUUGAUGCCGGUCCAAGAGGCCUUGGAGUAGUGGAUUCUCCAUUGGGGAAGCUUCGAUGGGAAUCAGCACUUUUUCCUCAUGUAUUGUUGAAGAAUGUUGAGGUCCAGUUACAAUUCAGUGUUGAAGAGGGGCUUGUUCCAGAAGAAGGCUUUAAACCGUGGGCCACUGCUUUGGAUGAUAACAAUGCAUUGAUAGGGCCUACUUUUAAUAAUGUAAGAGAUUGUGAAGUCAUGAUGAUGGUGGGUCUACCGGCUUCUGGAAAAAGUACAUGGGCCAAGAAAUGGGCAGAUCAACAUCCUGAGAAACGCUAUAUUUUGCUUGGGACUAAUCUAAUUCUGGAUCAAAUGAAGUUACCAGGUCUAUUGCGAAAACAUAAUUAUGGACAACGCUUUGAUUGUUUGAUGGACCAAGCAACUGGGAUUUUCAACAUACUUCUGUCUAGAGCAGCUACCAUACCUCGCAAUUACAUAAUUGAUCAAACAAAUGUUUACAAAAAUGCCCGGAAACGGAAAUUGAAACCAUUUGUGUACUCCCAGAAAAUUGCUGUUGUGGUAUUCCCAAGGCCUGAGGAGUUGCAGCGUCGAUCGGCUGAAAGAUUUAGAGAAAUGGGGAAAGAAGUACCAGCUGAUGCAGUGAAUGAAAUGUUAGCCAAUUUUAUCCUGCCCACCAGCAAGAACAUGCCUGGUUCGGAAGAAUUUUUUGAUGAGGUUAUAUUUGUAGAACUUGAUCGUGCAGAGUCUCAAAGAUAUUUGGAUGGGAUGAAACGUGCUCUAACAUCUGAAUCACGUGACAACUUAACGUCAUUUUCUAAAGCUAUUACUGCUCCUCCUCAUGUUUUACCUUCAUCUCAAAAUCAAGGUCUACGUGGUGUAUCAGAUGCUAGACAAUAUGGAAAUCCAAGAUUUAUUUCUGAAGUACAUCAAGAAAAUAUGUACUCUCCUUUACCUAGGUUUGUUCCCCUUCACAGACCAUACGAGAGUUUGAUUGGUGAAACCAGGUACCCUGGUCCAAGUAGCCAUCCGCUUCACAGUUAUCCAGGGAGUGAUCCUUACAGCAUUGGUGGACAUUUCCGAGACAGUCGUCAAAUGGGUGAACUCUUCCCAAGGGAAUACGCUGAUGUAGCUUAUUCCUUCCCUACCACUGGUCCACCUUAUGGAACCCCACCUCCAAGACCCGCAUAUCAAUUUCCUUCUAAUAUGCCUUAUGGUAGAGGUUAUGCCUCCCCACGUCCAAGGUACUACUGAUUCCCUGCUAUUUCAUGGGCUCAUGGAUCGUCUUUUCGAUGCAUACAUAAUGUAUUAAUCAGAGUCGAAAUGGUGAACCAUUGUAAUUAUUCUGGCUCCAUACAUGCAUGGACAAGUAAAUACUGUAAAUACGAUGUUUACCUGCAUACUUUUUGUAGUUUCAUUAGCCAAGUAGGGAAGCUAGAAAACCACGAAGAAUUUUUCUUCGUCAUUGUUUAACUCUGUUUUGACAAACAUCUCAAAAUCAGUUGCUUUUCUGCUGCUAUUAUAAACGUUGUUGAUUGUUAUCAAUUCAUGCAAGGCGUUCC